UUGUUCAUAUUUUACUGAGCGAAAAAUGGCAGACUUGGACGAGGUUGAUGGAGUCAGUGAUGAGGAAGUUGAAGCAAUGACAGCCGGUCAAGUACUUCAGAAACUUGAGGAGGCUUGGUUGAAUGAAAAAUUUUCUCCUGAACUGCUGGAGUCUAAAACAGAUUUAGUAGACUGCAUGCUAGAGCAAGUUACUGAAAUGGAAGAAAACAUCAAGAGAGCAAAGAAGGGGGAUUUCAAAGUAGUGCUGCAUAGAAUGGAGAUAGACAGAAUUAGAUAUGUCCUUAGCAGUUAUCUCAGAUGCAGACUGAAGAAGAUUGAGAGUUUCACUAACCAUAUCUUGGAGCAGGAGAGUAACAGACAAGAAGAAGAUGUUUGCCAUCUUUCUCCAGAGGAAUUCACAUUUGCGAAAGAAUAUGCAGCUACUAUGGAAACACAUAUGAAGAAUUUGGUUCUACGGCACAUGCCACCUAAUCUGCAGGCCAUGGAUCCAAAGCAAACUACAAUUCGGCCGAAUCUUGAUAGUUACGUGUUUCUGCGGGUGAAUGAAGAUACUGAUGGAGUUCUAGUGGAGGAAGAGACACUAGAUACAGGAGAGGAGAUAGUGGAUUUACAGAAGGAUGAUCAGCACAUAAUGAGGUAUAAACCACUGUCUGCCCUUGUCACGUCGGGAGCGGUGACAUUGAUCUGACUUGUACAUCACAACUGCUACCAUCCAUAGUGCUGAAGAAUUGUGUACGUACUUACUGUGAUAUUUAGAGUACUUCUCUGGCAUGCCAUGGAUUCUUAUUGUGGGAAACGAUGCCAAGGUAGUUUUACUUCAGUGGAAGAUCGAGAUUAAAUUCUAGACAGACAAACAUGUGCCUCACAGUUUGGUGUUUGAAAACAGGGACCUUAUGGUAUUGUAUUGUUUUGUACAAUUUAAAUGUACUAAACUGUAGAGUAUUGUACUGUGCACUGUUGUCCAGAAAUGAGGACUUUUGUCUGGAAAUAAGGAAAUGGAAAGUCACCUACAUUGAUAGCUGUUAUACAGUAAAUCAGGAAAUGAGUAUGCAAUGUAUAUUUAACUACUAAAUAUUGAACUAAAAUAUUUAUUUACAGAAAAUAGUUGUCUCAAAGGUGUAUAGAAACAAAAAAAAAUUAUAAAGAGUAGUAAAAGUUGAAGCAUUUCUGCGUAAAUUAUAGAGUUUAUAUGUAUAGAAUAAAUAAUAAUGUGCAUGUAUUGUGUGUAGAAUAAAUAAUAAUGUGCUGGUACAUAUUGCAUCUAUCAAAGUACACCGAUAUUUUUAAGGUAAAGACUUGAGCAUAGAUUUACGAAAAUUAAUAAUAUAUACUGGCAAACACCACUCUGACAAAAUGUCAAAGAGGGAAUAACUCCUGCAGACUUGCCUUCUUUUUCUUGGUUCUGAUGUAUGAAUUUUACCUUUUUUGUGUAGAAGUAAAUUGACCCUGAGGUACUGGUGUAGUGUAGUAGCAAGUCCAUUUGCCUCUAAUAAUAAAAUUCUGAGAGCUUCU